UUAUAAUAAGAAUAAGUAAAAAGUAAAAAAAUAAAUCCUUUAUAUAUAUAAAGCAGAGUAGGAGAUGAGGAAGACCACAUUUAGCAAAGUUUCCUUCUACGCUGCGCCAAAAAAAAAACCUUCCUUCUUCGCCGAUGCAAAUAAACUCAGGAUAGCAGUAAUUUCGGAUCUUUCCUUCUGCGCCAAAAAAGCACACGAUUGUCAUAGCUUCGGAUCUUUCUUUGACGCCAAAAAGCACAAGAUCGAUCUUUCCUUCUACGCUGAUGAAGCCAUCUCGGAAUCCAAAAAAACACAGCAUCGCAAUUGUUGUUGCUCACUAGAGUUGAGGCAAUCGGGAAAAUACUUGGUCAAUAUGCAAAAAAAAGAAAGAAGACAAAGGGAAGAAGUGCCAAAAAGAAUGACAGAUUGUGCGAGGAGAGUGCACGACCAACUGUAAGGUUCAAAACCCUAGCACACGGCACAACAACGAGCAGAGGCGACAGAGGAGGAACAUCAAUGGCCAUCCUCCUUCGACACACAUACCAUGGAGCAAUGAUUUACAUGAAGAACGUCACAGAUCCAAAAACAUCCAUGUUCUUCUCAAAAAACUGGUACUUUUUCAACAAUCUAUUUUGUUGAAGAAAUAGAAAAAUACGAUUUAGAGCGAGUAUAUGAUUUUGUACAGGUAUUUUUGUUACCUAUUUGGCCCAAGUUGAAACAAUAAAAUAAUAAUGAUUUUGACGCACAACAUUCUUCUGAUCAAACAAAUGCAGUAGAUUCAUCAAUUUGGUUUCCUAUCUCUCGAGAGUCACAAUUUAUAGCUUUUGUAGGUUCUAUUGCAGAGGUUGACAAAUUGUCAUCAAUGUCAAAAUCUAGAUCAACGUCAAAAAUAAAUCUACUGGGAUGUG